UGCUAGCCAGCUGCACAAGCAAACAUUCGUCGCCCUCAUAUUCACGCCUCCGUCAUCAUCAACGACAAACACUAGCAUAACUGACAAUCUUGUAGUGACCUCGUCAAUCUCGUCACCUCGCAUCUCGACCAUGCCGGCGCUCGUCGCAUUCAGAAUCCGGCAACCUUUUAAGACACGGGGCUAACAGAACUGGCCACAGCCCCAGGCAUCGAACCAUCUCUCUUACCAGUACGGGCAGCUUGCAGGGGAUGGGUUCCCAAGGAGUACCAAACGCCACCAUGGCCGGCCAUGACGACGUCGGGGGCGCCGCCAAGGCGCACUUCGUGUUCGUCCCGCUCAUGUACCAGGGCCACGUGAUCCCGACGGUGGACACGGCGCUGCUGCUGGCCACCCACGGCGCGCUCGCCAGCGUCGUCGCCACGCCGUCCAACGCCGCGCGCAUCCGCCCCACAGUCGACUUCGCGCGCCGGUCCGGCCUGCCCAUCCGGCUCGUGGAGCUCCCGCUCGACUGCGCCGCCGAGGGCCUGCCUGAGGACGCCGACGACGUCGACAAGAUCCCGUUCGGCCUCGCGCCCAACUACUUCCGCGCGCUGACGCUCCUCGCGGGGCCGCUGGAGCGCCACCUCCGCGCGCACCCGCCGUACCCGACGUGCAUCGUGUCCGACUUCUGCCACGCGUGGACCGUGCAGGUCGCGGCCAAUCUCAAGGUCCCGCGGCUCAGCUUCUUCAGCAUGUGCGCCUUCUGCACCCUGUGCCAGCACAACGUCGAGAGGUACAACGCCUACGACGGCGUGGCCGACGACAACGAGCCGGUGGUCGUGCCGGGCGUGGAGAGGCGAAUCGAGGUGACGAGGGCACAAGCCCCGGGGUUCUUCCGGGCGCCCGGGUUCGAGAAGCUGGCCGAUGAAAUCGAGCUGGCGCUGGCAGAGUCCGAUGGCGUCGUCAUGAACUCCUUCGUGGAGAUGGAGCCGGAGUACGUCGCUGGCUACGCGGACGCCAGGAAGAUGAAGGUGUGGACCAUCGGGCCCGUGUCGCUGUACCACCAGCACGCCGCGACGCUAGCAAAGAGAGGGAACACCACCACCGCCAUUGACGCCGACGAGUGCCUCCGUUGGCUCGAAGGCAAGGAGCCCAACACCGUCGUCUACGUCAGCUUCGGGAGCAUCGUGCACGCCGACCCGAAGCAGGUCGUCGAGCUCGGGAAAGGGCUCGAGGCGUCGGGCCACCCAUUUGUCUGGGUUCUCAAGAACCCCGACCAGUACGGCGAGGACGUGCGCGGGUUCCUGCGGGACCUCGAGGAGCGCGUCGCCGGGCGCGGGAUGCUGAUCAGAGGGUGGUCGCCGCAGGUGCUUAUCCUGAACCACGCGGCCGUGGGCGGCUUCGUGACGCACUGCGGGUGGAACUCCACGGUGGAGGCGAUCGCGGCCGGACUGCCGGUGGUGACAUGGCCGCACUUCUCGGACCAGUUCUUGAAUGAGAAGCUGGCCGUGGAGGUGCUCGGGAUCGGCGUGAGCGUCGGGAUCAAGGAGCCAUUGAUGUGGGUGGCGAUGAAGGAGAUCGUGGUGGGGAGAGAUGUGGUUGAGGCGGCCGUCAGGAGCAUCAUGGACGGGGGAGAAGAGGGGGAGGAGAGGAGGAGGAAGGCAGUCGAUCUUUCAGAGAAGGCAAGGGCGGCCGUGCAGGAGGGCGGGUCAUCACUUGGCAACCUGCUGGAUCUGAUCAAGAGUUUCGAGAUGGACGUGGGAGGUUGCACGGUCGACUGAAUGAGCGUCGUCAUAGUCUCACAGAGCACUAAGCCAGAGAGAGCUGACGCCUUUUUACUUCUGAACAAAUGAGCGUUCAGUUUCAGAAGAUUCUUGGUCAUCCAAACCUUUCUCCGUAAAUUAUUUUUGUUUGGAAAAGUUUAUAACUUUACACAACUACUACUA